UCACUUUUCCGCCAAACAAACGAUCGCUCAGGGCUUAACGAUCGGGAAGUGAUAAUUAUAUAUGGCCGUCAACAGCAGGCUACGGUUUCGCGACAAAUACACGACUUUCCGCAGACCAAAAGAGCCAGCAGAUCCGAUACCCAAGGAAGAUUCUAUAGAGGGUCUACUUUAAUCAGUUCUUCAACAGAGCAAAUAUUUGGAAGAUUUUUGCUUAUCUAGAGAAGAAAAACUAUGAAACUGCAUCUGCGAAUUUUAGCUUUGGUAUUGGUAUUCGCCGGGAUCGGUUGCUUUCCUGCAGGGAAGUGGGAUUUCGACUGUCCAGACGCGCAUCUCAUUCGUCCUUGCUCAUGCUCUUCUUUCCCGCGCAAGAUCGUCAGGUGCGAAGGGGUCAGGAAUCUCGCAGCUGUUCGGAAGGCACUGGGACAACAGUUCUCAGAACCCUUGCCAUGGUUGUACAUAACCAACAUCCAUUCUUUUUCUAUUCCUUAUGGUGCUUUCAGAAAUAUUUCUGCCAGAAGACUGGUCUUGAAUGGAAGCAACAUAAGACGAAUCCACGACGAUGCGUUUGAGAAUCAAGAUUCUUUGGGAUUGCUAGUUUUAUCAGAAGACAGACUAACAGAUGUACCGACCGAAGCCCUCAAGCGUUUACCUGGUCUACGCUCGCUCAGUUUAGCUGGGAAUUUUCUUAUGAAGCUUACUGAUCACUCAUUCGAAAAUCUGGAUAAUUUGGUGACUCUCAUACUUGUUGAUAACAGAUUGUCACAAAUCGAACGUAAUGCUUUUCCUAGACGUCUGCAGUCCUUAUCCAUAGCUAGGAAUCACCUUUCAACCUUAAAUGGAACUCUCAACUACUUAAAUGAAUUAGACACGCUUUAUGCGUCAGGUAACAGACUCGUUUCUGUAAAAGGAGAGCUGGAAGGACUCACUCAACUCAGACAUCUUUCGCUUGAUAAAAAUAAAUUGAGAGAUGUGGAAGACAGUUUCAAAGAUUUGACAUCCCUUCAAACACUCAGUUUGUCCUAUAACAGAUUGAAGAAUAUUGGAAAGGAAUUGUAUCACCUCAGGAAUCUUCAGCAUCUCAACCUCUCUUAUAACUACAUCACUGAAUUAGACGAGGAACUUUUUAAACACCUAAAUAAAAUCCAGACUUUAGAUCUUUCUGGAAACUAUUUGAGAGACGUUUGUUCAUCGCUGAAACAUCUGAAAAAUCUACGCGAACUUAUUUUAUCCGACACAAAUUUGGACAGUUUGGAUUUUGAUUGCUUUAAAGGAAUGCGAGAUCUCGUAUCUUUGGAUCUUUCCCACAACCAAUUAACUAACAUUGAUGCAAUUACUGGGCAUUCGUUCCCAAAUCUGUUAACCCUCAAUCUUCAAGAUAACAAAUUGUUGUCUUUGAAAUACAGCCUCAAGAAUCUGAAAGCUCUUGGAGAAUUGGACAUUAGUAACAAUGGUUUCACUUCCAUUAAAAGACAUCAUCUGAUGCAUAACAAGAGACUGUAUUCGUUUAAAGUAGGAGAUAACCCAUGGGAAUGCACAGAUCACUUAGUGGAAAUCCUGAAUGAUCUCGAGGCGAGAGAUGUCGAUAUUGUUGGAAAGCCGUAUUGCUAUCUGUCCGAAAACACACUAUGACCUUCGAGUCCGUUACAAACGUACUAUGGACCAAUUCGUAUACGCUACAUCCUGUGUGUGAGAUAAACUUCUGGAUAAAGACUUUAGUAUAGAAACUGGUUCUUUCUAAUCAUUUGUAUGCAUAGAAUCCAGAUGGCAGCAGAUAAAAGAAAAAGUGAAAUUUGAAAAACCUUGUUCUAAAAUAAAAUAUACUGCAGCAGUAUUUGCAGCGAGACUAUCUCAUAGAAGAAUACACGGUUUGAUUUUAAAAAGGAAAAGAAAAACUGCAUAUGAUUAUACUGGGGGAGAGAUUUUAUAACUUGUUUACUCAAGUGAGAGAAGAUGAAUUUUAUAUUUUAUUCAAAAAGAAUAUAACGUGUUUCAUAACCAGUUACGUGACAAAAAUUCAAGUAAAAUUAAACGGGGAAAAGAGUAUAAAUUCCAAAUUGAAAUUUAACAGAUGUAAUUCGAAAUUGCAAAAUUACUAUUCCACUGCGGAUGAAAAAUCGGAAAGAAAUUUAUACCGUCUUCAACGAAAUCUAUGCAAGAACUUCAUACAUAAAUAUAAUACUAUAUUCUUAGUGUAUUAACAAAAUUUUGUAGAAAAAAUAUCUUCUGUAUAAAAGAAUUUCUGAAAAAAAAAUAAAUAAUAUUUUUGAUGAAAUGCAAAUGUAAAACGCUGUAAUAAUUUUAAAAGAACUAAAAUUCAUCUUUAGACUUAAAUUUUAAGUGGGGGAAAAAAGGUCUUGUGCAAUAUAUAUUAGUAAUAAUUUUUAAAAAGUCAACGUCAAAUUUAAAAUAAAGUACAUUUUACAAAGUACGAACUGCACGAAAAUUUUAGUAUUUUAAUUAACUUUUAAUUUGAAAGCUAACAACGAAGAUAUUAAAAUUGCAUAAAAUUUCAAAAAAUAGUUCUGUAAAUAGAAAUAUACGUUAAUUAGUAAUAAUAUUACACAUACAGUUUAAAAAAUAAAAAAGGAAAAUGAAAUUAUCCUACAGGAAUUAUCCUGGAGAAAAGGAAACUGCUAGCUGUACAAAUAACGUAAAUAACUAUUUUAUUAUAUCAAAUCCCAGAAAUAAUACGAAAAAAGUAAAACGCAAAAUAUGUAAAAUAAAAUACAAACUACAAUAACCUCAGCUCAAAUUGUAGGAAUGACUCAGUUAAAAUUUAUUAAAUUUACAUAAUUACUGUUUUGUAAUUUUCUAAAUGGCUUCCUCAUUUGCAUUCUUUUAGAAAUAAAUGCAAUGAAAUCUCAGGUGAAUUUUCGACACAUCGUAACAGAAAAAUUUAAUCCUAAAUAGAUAAACAAAUAUAAUGCAAGAAAAUGGUAAAAUUUUGUUUGAAUUAUAAUUUUGUUUUUUUAGAAGCAGAAUGAAAUGAAAUGUGUAAAAAUCUUCCAAAUUAUAUAUGUUGACAUCUGUAUUCAAAGAUUUGUGCAAUAAAGAUCAAUAUAACAAUGCAAUAUGGGUAAAAUAUUAAAAUACCCUUGUUAAUCUUUCUUAUAUGUUAUAAUAAAAUAUUUUUACUUAUAUAA